UUCGAGCGAUCAUCUUUCGGAUCGAUUUGACUGCGAAUGAUCGUGUUUCCCGUAACGAAACGAUUAUCAGUGAAUCGCUGGCGAAAUUAUCUUCGGGGAUUACUGGCGAAGGAUUAGGAGAUUUCUAGGAUAAAAAAUUUGGUAGUUCCCGAAGAUACUUGAGGGGAAUGGAGAAGAUCGAGAACGGAGUUUACAAACAGAAUGGCUACACGAACGAGGCUUUUCAGAUGGAAAAUGUUUAUCUGGAGCAAAGAGGGAACGACGUCGAGAAUGUGGAGAAGACGAAAGGAGAAUCGAAGGUGCAGCAAGAAACAUCGGGAAAUGGAACAUCCUCCAGAGAAGAAUGGGGCGGAGGUCUGCAAUUUUUAAUGGCAUGCAUCGCCACUUCUGUUGGCCUCGGAAAUGUCUGGAGAUUUCCGUUCACUGCCUACGAAAAUGGAGGUGGUGCUUUUCUGAUACCUUACAUCGUCGUUUUGCUGCUCGUCGGCAAACCGUUUUACUUUUUGGAAGGCCUCAUGGGUCAAUUUACCAAUAAAUCCUGCGCGAAGACUUGGGCCAUGGUACCGGCCAUGAAAGGUUUGGGAUAUGGCCAAACGUUUGCGGCCUUAUGCGUUGUCUCCUAUUAUUGCUCUUUAAUGGGUCUAACACUUUACUACCUCGCGGCUAGCUUUCAAUCCGAGCUACCUUGGUCCUUUUGUCGCGAAGAGUGGAAGGAUGAGUGCAUCGAUACAGUUUCGAAAGAUAGCAACAAGGAUACUGGCUUCUUCGCCGAUAACAAUGGUACCCGUCGCAGUUCUGCAGAACUAUACUUUAGGAAGAUCGUCCUGAACGAGUACGAGUCCAUCGAGGAUGGGAUCGGGGCGCCCUCUUGGCAGCUCUCCAUCUGCUUAUUCUUAAGCUGGGCAACGAUAUUCGGAGUCCUGUGUCGCGGUGUGAAGAGCACGGGGAAAGCAGUAUACUUCCUUGCCAUAUUUCCUUACAUUGUCAUGAUCGGUUUAUUGAUCAGGGCCGUGAGCCUUGAGGGUGCACUCGACGGAAUUCUCUUCCUUGUUACCCCGGAAUGGCACAAGCUCUGGCAACCGAAUGUCUGGUACGCAGCCAUCACCCAAUGCUUCUUCUCUCUUUCCGUCUGUUUUGGUCCAAUCAUCACGUACUCGUCUUACAACAACUUCAAACAGAACGUGAGCAGAGACGUGAUGAUAGUGACCACUCUGGACACAUUCACCAGCCUAAUAGCAGGUUGCACGAUUUUUGGUAUUCUCGGUAACCUGGCUCACGAAGUGGGUAUUACGGACAUAUCGAAAGUAGUUCGCGGUGGUACAGGCCUGGCUUUCAUCUCUUAUCCCGAGGCUUUGGCCCAAUUUAAUGUUGUUCCCCAACUUUUCGCUGUUCUGUUUUUCGUGAUGAUGUACGUGCUCGGCGUUGGAAGCGCUGUGGCCCUUUGUGGUGCCGUUUUCAGCAUCCUCUGUGACUCUUUUCCGAAUGUGAGACAUUGGAAGCUGGUACUUCUCAUCUCUGUUUUUGGAUUCAUCGUUAGCCUCGUCUACAUCACUCCUGGAGGUCAGUGGUUCGUGACGUUGGUCGACUACUAUGGCGGUACAUUAGUGGCAAUCAUCGUAGGAGUGUUGGAAAUGAUAUCGGUAUUCUGGAUCUACGGUCUAUCGAAUUUCCUCAAUGACAUCGAGUUUAUGUUAGGGCAUAGACCGUCGCUCUACUGGAGGUUCUGCUGGGCUUUGAUUACUCCGAUAUUAAUGAUCGUCAUCCUGAUGUACAGCAUCAUCACUUACGAACCACCUACUUACAACGGCGUACAAUUUCCAACGUACGCUUAUGGAAUUGGCUGGUCUCUACUAUGUCUAGGGAUCAUCAUGAUCGUUGGCUGCGUCUUACAAAAACUGGUGCAGCUGAGAUCACGAUCGUUGAUCGGAACUAUCAAAGCAGCGUUCAGUCCCUGCGAGGAGAAAUGGGGACCCAGUGACCUUAAGACUCGCCUAGAGUGGAAGGAAUUCAUAGCAGAGAAGAAAUUUCGGCACAGAGGCGGUUUCGUCGAGACUUUUUUAAAGUAG